AUGGCUGUUACUCGUAGUCCCUCCCAUUCUCAACCCCAACAACAUAAGGACGACGACGACGAUUUGCAACACCAAGAUCCAAAUCCCAUUCAAUCGAAAGAAGCCGAACAGUCACCACCGCGGCAACCACCAAAUUCUGAAACCCUAGAUCCCCCAAACCCUCAUCAAUCGCCCCUCCAUGAUGACGGAGUUCAGAAUCCUCAAAAAUCAGACAAAGACGAAGAAGCCCUGUUGACGCAUGAUGUAGACGAUCAACAAUCGCAACAAAAAGACGAUCAUCAAACAGGUAUGUCUCAUGCUACAAUUCCCGAACCAAUUGUACUUCCCGAAGAAACCAAAAACCCACCUCCAUCACCAGCACCACCACCACUUGCGUCACCAGUCAACCCCCAGCGCCGACUCAACAAACGCAAGAAAGCCUUUAACCGUAAUCCUCACAAACGCAAGAAACUUCAAAACCUAACCGAUAUCCUCCAACCCAUUCCCUUUAUACCAACCAAAAAAUUAGAUUUUGUUAAGCACGAGGAGGUUUUAAAGCGUUUAGGGUUAUACGAGUUUAGCAAAAUCGAGUUCGACCGUAGCAUAAGGACCGAUCUUGUUGUUCAGUUGAUCGUGAAUUAUGAUCAGAAGAAGCGCUGUAGUUACGUUAAUGAUGUCAGGUUAAAUCUGAAUAGGGCUGAAUUAUCUAGAACUCUAAAGCUGCCAGCACCGAGGCCAGAGAAAGGAAGCAGUAGCACUGUGGAGGAGGUCGAUUUGGAUUCCGAGGUGUUUUCCGAUGAAGCAAUUGGGUUCAUUGAUAAUUUCGUUUCAAGUUGGAUGCUUUUACAUGAGGAUUCAUGGGUUAUGCCACCGGAUUUAGCUAAAAUGACUAGAUGCGUUAAAGAUGGCCACCCUGAGAAAAUGGAUCCCGCUAGAUUGGUUUGGCAUAUGGUGGAGAAAGAACUAACUCAAGGAGAUAAGCUCGUUGAUUGCUACUAUGCAUCACAUUUGCAGUACCUCAUAAGGUCACAGCGCCCUGAGUUCUUCAUGGAUGAAGAUGAAGGUGUUGCUAAUGACAUUGCUGAAGAUGUAGAAGAGAAAGAAGAGAAACAAGAGAAACAAGAGGAAGAAGAGAAAGAAAGGAUAGAAGAAGAGAAUGAAGAGAAAAGUUUGAUAGUUGAAGAACAAGGUAUUGAGUUAACUUUAGGGUCUAAUGUGAAGGAAAUAGUACAAGAAGAGGUCAAGAAAGACGAUGAGGUCAUGGUGGAUGCCGAAGAACACAAGGAGGAUGAGGUGGUGGCGGAUGAGGUGGAGGAGGAGGUGGUGGAGGAGGUGGAGGAGGAGGAGGAGGAGGAAGAGGAGGAGGAACAAGGGAACUGGCUUUCGUCCGGGAAAAAUGAACCAGGCAACCAUUUUUUGCAGCGAUGUAAUAGUGAUUUGAACAACUAUGAAGAACAAAAGGUCGAAGAACUCGAAGAUGAAGAUGAAGAUGAACAAAUUCAACAAGUGGAGGAUGAAGAUGAUGAAGAAGAAGAAGAAGAAGAAGAAGAAGAAGGUGGCGAAAGAGCAGAUGAAAGAUUCAACAUGGAGGCGAAUGAUGAUUCUCUAGAUCGAGAUGGAUUAACUGGUAAUUUCCUUCAAGGAGUUGAAGCAUCUCACAAUCCUUUCAAUGGCAUGGAUCUUUUUGGGUCAAGAGAAGGUUCAUUCAUGUCUCAUGGUGGGCCCUCCUCUUUCUUCAACGGUGGCAAAAGAGUGAUGGAAACCGAAGAACACAUAACCCAUGUUGACCCAAAUCACAAAAGGUUAAAAACCGAUGAAAUUUGGGGUCAAAAACCAACCGAUUUCAAUACAUGCAUGGAUCAAAUGCAACAAUGGAUGGAAAAAGCCAAGAUGCUACACGAAUCAAAAGAACAAGCUUUCGAAAACUCCCAAUAUAAUCACGAAUUAGCAAUAAACCAGCUUCAAGAACGCCAAAACUACAUGGAAAUGUUGAUAAAGUCAAAAGAUGAAGAGUUAUCAAAGAAGCACACAGAAGUAUUUAGGCUUGAACGUGAGCUUUAUCUAAUGCGGGAUCUUGUAGCAGGGUAUAGACAGGCUUUGAAUGAUACUCGAUUUAAAUUCUCAGAGUAUAGGAAACGUUAUUCCCUUCAUGAGGAACCAAUUUACAAAGACGCGGGUCCCGGUGGUUUGGUUUUGAGUACACGGGAGUUGGAGAAACAACGGGUGAAACAAGAGGAAGAUCGUGUGAAGAUUCUUAAGAUGUUGAAGGAUCAUGAAGAAGAAUGUGUUUCUAAAUUGGGAAUGCAUCAUGAUAAGGUCUUGAAGAUGGCUGAUAAAUUGGUGUCUGUUGAGAAUGAAGUGAAGAAUCUCAAAGGAAUGUCUGUGGAACGGAAAUCGACUCGGGAUAAACCGGAAUUAGUUGUUGAAAGUGAAGAGAAACGGGAUGAAGGGGAAUUAUUGGGUGUGGCUGAAGUCCACCAGAAGUCAGUGGAGGAGGAUCAGGAAAUGUCUGUGGAGCCUGAAGUGGAUCAGAAGGUAGAAGAUGAAGUUAUGGAGAAUGAUGAAAAUGUCGAAAGCGUUCCUCUUCAUGCUGAUGAAUCAAAGGAAAAGGAAGGUGGUGAAGAUUGAAGUGAUUUUUUUUUGUUGUGAAGGGAAGAGGAAGAUAGUAAGUUUCGAUUGGUAAAUCUUGCUUUUGGUUUAGAAGUAAACACUACUUAUCAUUGAAUGUAGGGUUGGAUUAGUGACACAUGUCAAAAGUUUGUCUUAUAUCUUAUGUUAUGUUAUAUGUGAU